AACGACGCGUGCCUCUAGUGGCACCGUGGAAGGAGGGUCGUCAGACGCACGCAGAUGCACGGCUUUCUGCACUGCCUUUCCAUCCAGCACAAACUAGAAGGCUUUUUUUAAAUGAACACUGUGCAACAAAGAGCCUUUUUGUACAGAUUUGGACGUUCUUCAAUAGCCAGCCUCGUGCCAUCACCGUGCGCAACUGGAGAGGAGCGUCGCGGAGCGGCUUUUCCACCAUCUCAAAGUACAUCUGUGUUAACAGUUUUCAUGACUGGAAUGGGAGACUGGAGUGAUUCAACUGCAGAAAGCAAUAUUUGAACGUCUAAAGUGCGUUCAUAUUCCUCAGCACUCAUCGUGUGACGCUUUUCUCUGUUUGUCUUGUCGGACGACAGAAUCGUUCGAGGCAACCCAAAGUUCCGCAGGCGCAGUUCUCCUCUACAGCGUUGCGGGAGUCCGGCUCGGCUGUUGCCGUGGUACUUGCCAGUAGACAGAUAGCAUCGGCGGAAGGAGGGGAUACAGAGACUCCUGCAGGGUAAUUGUAGCAGCCUGCGUUCGCAGGUGUAUCACUGAUCCGCCUGUGAGGGGCUGGGGGCUUCAUCCAGAUCGAGCCGCUCUCAGACUUGUGAGUAACAGAAAAAAAGAAAGAAAAAAAAAAACCCUGAAGAAUGUUGCACCAAGUACAAUGAGCGCAAAUUCAUCGAAGACACCAAAAUCCAUAUAUGCUCCGUCGAAUUCAGUUUUGAUGAGCAAUUCUGAGUCGUCUUUGGAAUUUUAAAAAGUGGAUCUCGCGACUUUACAACCAUGCGAAAUACUUGGCUGUCUCCCCGGAGUGCGAUUUGGGAAUACUGGACAUUGCUGAUUGCAUGUCUCUUUUGGAUUCACUACUCUAACGGGAUGCCUCAUGUUAUUCGAAUAGGUGGGAUUUUCGAACAAACAGACGGACCCGUUUCACUUGUUAGCCCGGAGGAGCUUGCCUUUAAAUUUGCUGUCAAUAACAUUAACAGAAACAGGACUUUGUUGCCAAACACAACAUUAACAUAUGACAUACAGAGGAUUAAUAUCUACGACAGUUUUGAGGCGUCAAGAAAAGCAUGUGACCAGCUGUCUUUAGGUGUGGUUGCAAUAUUUGGGCCCUCGCAUAGUUCGUCGUCAAAUGCUGUGCAGUCCAUCUGCAAUGCAUUGGAAGUGCCGCACGUCCAGGUGCGGUGGAAACAUCACCCCUUGGACAACAGAGACAGCUUUUAUGCCAAUUUGUACCCAGAUUAUUCUUCACUAAGCUAUGCUAUCCUGGACCUGGUGCAGUUUCUAAAAUGGAAAACAGCCACCGUUGUAUACGAUGACAGCACAGGUCUGAUAAGACUACAGGAGCUGAUAAUGGCCCCGUCCAGGUACAACAUAAGGCUAAAGAUUCGUCAGCUUCCUCUUGACACGCAGGACACGAGACCCCUUCUCAAAGAAAUGAAGAGAAGCCGGGAGUUUCGCAUCAUCUUUGACUGCAAUCACCAAAUGGCGGCACAGAUUCUCAAACAGGCCCAGACCAUGGGGAUGAUGACAGAGUAUUACCACUAUAUCUUCACCACUCUGGACCUGAUGGCCAUUGACCUGGAGCCAUAUCGCUUCUGUGGCGUGAACAUGACCGGCUUCCGCAUCCUCAACGUGGAUAAUCCCCAGGUCGGAUCCAUUGUGGAGAAAUGGUCGAUGGAAAGGCAGAUUCCUCCUAAACCUGACUCGGGCCUGCUGGAGGGCGUCAUGACGACAGAUGCGGCUCUGACCUAUGAUGCAGUCCACAUUGUAUCCGUCUCAUACCAGCACGCUCCACAGAUGACGGUAAACUCGCUGCAGUGCCACCGCCACAAACCCUGGAGAUUUGGAGGGCGCUUCAUGAGUUUCAUCAAAGAGUCCCACUGGGAUGGUUUGACGGGGAGACUGUCAUUCAACAAGACGAGUGGUCUACGUACAGACUUCGACCUGGACAUCAUCAGUUUAAAGGAGGAGGGACUUGAAAAGGUGGGGAAGUGGAGUACGUCGGGAGGUCUUAACAUCACAGAACUGCCGAAGCGAAAAGGGAUGAACAUCACUGAUUCCCUAGCUAACCGCUCUCUCGUCAUCUCCACCAUCCUGGAGGAGCCAUACGUCAUGCUUAAGAAGUCUGACAAGGCGUUGGUUGGGAAUGACCGUUUCGAAGGAUACUGCAUCGACUUGCUCAAAGAGCUGGCCAGCGUCCUGGGCUUCACGUAUGAGAUCCGUCUGGUGCCUGAUGGGAGAUACGGCUCCCAGGACGAGAAGGGCCAGUGGAACGGCAUGAUCAGGGAACUUAUAGAGCAUAGAGCUGACUUGGCAGUGGCUCCUCUCACCAUAACCUACGUUCGUGAAAAGGUCAUCGACUUCUCCAAGCCCUUCAUGAACAUGGGCAUCAGCAUACUGUACCGCAAACCCAAUACCACCAACAACGGCUUCUUCUCCUUCCUCAACCCCAUGACUCCUGACAUCUGGGUCUACAUCCUCUUGGCCUACCUAGGUGUUAGCUGUGUCCUUUUUGUCAUUGCCAGGUUCAGCCCAUAUGAAUGGUAUGACGCCCAUCCUUGUAACCCUGGAUCUGAUGUGGUGGAGAACAACUUCACCCUCCUGAACAGCUUCUGGUUUGGAGUCGGUUCCUUAAUGCAACAAGGCUCAGAACUGAUGCCCAAAGCCCUGUCUACCAGGAUCAUCGGUGGGAUCUGGUGGUUCUUCACACUCAUCAUCAUAUCAUCCUACACAGCUAAUUUAGCAGCUUUUCUCACCGUGGAGAGAAUGGACUCGCCUGUGGACUCAGCCGAUGACAUCGCUAAGCAGACCAAGAUUGAGUAUGGUGUGGUCAAAGAUGGCGCAACCAUGACUUUCUUCAAGAAAUCUAAGGUUUCUACUUUUGAGAAGAUGUGGGCCUUUAUGAGCAGCAGGCCGAGCACAUCACUGGUGAAGUCUAUUGAGGAUGGGAUUCAGAGGGUGCUGAAGUCAGACUAUGCCCUCAUAAUGGAGUCCACAACUAUCGAUUACAUCACUAAGAGGAACUGUAACCUGACACAGGUGGGAGGGAUCAUCGACAGCAAAGGCUAUGGCAUCGGCACUCCCCUCGGCUCCCCAUACAGGGACAAAAUCACUAUAGCAAUCCUAAGCAUCUUGGAGGAUGGGCGCCUACAAAUGCUGAAGGAGAAGUGGUGGAGUGGGAGCAGCUGCUUGGAUGAAGAGCGCCACGAGACAGGCCCCAUGGGGAUCCAGAACCUGGGUGGUAUAUUCAUUGUGCUGGCAUCUGGUCUCGUGCUGUCUGUUUUUGUGGCGAUUGCUGAAUUCGUCUACAAGCUAAGGAAGACUGCAGAACGUGAGCAGAGGUCUUUGUGCAGUGCCAUGGCGGACGAGAUCAGACUGUCGUUCACCUGCGAGAGGCGGGUGAAACACAAGCCUCGGCCUCCAGUCAUGGUGAAGACGGAUGCAGUGAUCAACAUGCACGCCUACAACGACCGACGACUCCCGGGAAAGGACAACAUGAGCUGCAGCACUGGGAUGACUCCCGUGUUUCCGUGACAAUGUGUUCCCCCCAGGGCAAGAACCUCCUGAGCAACUUGUCAGGGGCAAUACCAGAGACUAGAGACAAUGGCAUAGACGGGAUCACCAG